AUGGCGUCACAUUCUCCACCAAAGCUGGAACUCUUACGAAGACAAUCAACUCUGAUUUUAUUGUUAGCUCCACGUGAAAACGCUGCAAAAACUAUCAAAAACAUUUGUGAAAUUUAUGGUGAUGAUGAUGCUGUAGGUGAAUCAAGUGUUCGAAGGUGGUUUGCAAAAUUUGAAGCUGGAGAGUCUAGCUUGGAAGACGACAGCCGCAGUGGAAGACCUUCAAAAUUGGACGAAGAUGUUUUGAAGGCAAAAAUCGAAGAAAUGUCAAAUAUCGCGACGAGAGAACUUGCAGAGGAGUCGGAAGUUUCUAAAAAUGCAGCUCAUGAACACCUUGUGAAGCUAGGAUACAUUUCUAUUUAUAAUGUAUGGGUCCCUCACAAACUCUCAGAAAGGAAUUGCUUGGACCGGUAUUCCGUUUGUUAUAUGUUUUUGAAACGGACUGAAAGCACACCUUUUUUGAAACAGCUUAACUGGAGAUGA